UAUGCAUGCCCUCUUGCAUGACCCUUUCAAUCAAAAGGGUGGGAACUUGAUAGUUUACAUGUGAGAGAACCAACAUCUCACUCCCAAGUUCUCUCUUGUUAGAAAGGUUUCCUCAAUUGGGUUCAACUCUUCUUCCUUCUCCAUUAUAUAGAAUACACUCAUACUAAGGAAGUGAUAGACUGACCAUAGGCAUAGAGAGAGAGAGAGAGAGAGAGAGAGAGAGAGAGAGAGAGAUGAAGGAGAUUCUACAAGGAAAACAAGCUCUUUCUCUUAGACAAGAAGAGGAGGAGAAGGUGAAGAAGAGGCAAAAGUUUUGGAUGAUGAUGGAUAGUCCUGACCUUUCUUUAGGCCCCUCUCAGUUUGUAAUCCCAGGGAGCACCGAUAGUUUAUCUUCAGGAUCAGAAAGCAAUCCUUCUAAGAAGAGAAAGUACUGUUUGGAUCAAUUCAAAAGAGAACCCAUGAUUCAGACUAGUAUUGAACUUCAACUCAAAGAUCCCUUGCCUUCCGAUUGGGAGCAAUGCCUUGAUCUUGAAUCUGGGAGAAUGUAUUAUUUGAAUAGAAGCACUUUAAAGAAGAGCUGGAACUGGCCCAAAGAACAGAAGCUGGAUUUAGAACUCAACAUCUCAUCACUCUCAAGUUCAGAAGAGAAGAGAAGCUCUGAGAUACUAGGGGGCUCGAAGAAGAGCAGUUCCUCAUCCAGUAACAUGGUAGCUGUGGCUUGUUUGAAGUGCCAUCUCCUUGUUAUGCUUUCUAGGUCUUCUCCAUCUUGUCCCAACUGCAAAUAUGUUCACUCUCUCCCAAACCAGCAGAACCCACCGCCCAAAGUCACAACCAUCAACUCCUUCGACACUUUAAUUCUGCUAAACUGAUCAUCUGGUCACAAGAACGAUAACCAUGUGUAGAUGUUGAAAGGGUGAAGACAGUAGAUAUCAAAUUCUAAAAUCAAUAGCCAAGAAUGAAUGUGCUCUUUUUUUUA